AUGACAGUUCACCUAGAUGUGGCAGAUGAGACGGCAGCACCUGCUGGGGAGGUGGAUGGGGGCUAUGAUCCAGCCCUCUGCCAUAGCCCAUCUACCCAGGAGCCACAGGCAGAGUCCCUGGCCUGCUGCGGGCCAGGCAGCCUCGCCCCACUUCUGCCCAAUGUCUCUGCGGCAGAUGAGCCUCAGUCCAGGGCCUGGUUCCUGCCCACUCAUGCCACUACUACCUCGAAUGCAAGAGACACUUCUGCUACAACUGACACCCACUCCACCACCCCAACUACCACUCCUGCUGAGACCACCACUCUUGCUACCACUAUUGCUGACACCAACAUAUCUGAAUCAACUUCUGCAGGAGGCACUUCUACAACAACUAUUCCUGAUACCACCACACUUCAGGUCACCUCUAGUGAUGCAAGCUCAACCUUUACCACUAUUGUGGACACCACCAUAUCUCUGUCAACUCCUACAGCAGGAGACUCAUCUGCAACAACUAAUACCGACACCUUCGGAACAUCAACCACUCCUUCUGAUACCACCACAACUACUAUGACUAUUGUUGACACCACCACGUCUCUGUCAACUUCUGCAGGACAUACUUCUGCAGCAAGUGAUAAGGACAUCAUAACACCAGCAACCACUCCUUCUCAGGCCACCACACCUGCUACCACUCUUGGUGACACCAGUAUUUCUGUGUCAACUUCUGCAGGAGGAGACACUUUUUCAACAACUCUUCCUGACACCACCACAGCUGAGACUGCAGCUACCGACUCAAGCUCACCUUUGACAACAACUGGUGACUUUACCACAUCUGUAUCAACUUCUACUCCGGCAGACACAUCUGCAACAACUGAUACUGACACCACAGCACCAACAAUCACUCCUACUGAGACCACUCCACCUACUACCAGUAUUCUUGUCACCACUAUAUCUGAAUCGACUUCUACAGGAGGCACUUCUGCAACAACUGUUCCUGAAUCCACCAUAUCUCAGACCACCUCUCCUGACGCAAACUCACCUUUUACAACUAUUGGUGAUACUACUAUAGCCGAAUCAACUUCUACAGAAGCCACUUCUGCCACAACUGUCCCUGACACCUCCACACCUCGGACCACGUAUACUGACACAAGCUCACCUUUUGCAACUAUUAGGGACACCACCACCUCUGUGUCAACUCCUAUUCCUGGAGACACAUCUGCAACAACUGAUACUGACCCCACUACCCCAGGAACCAUUCCUACUGAGACAACUUCAUCUGCUACAACUAUUGGUGGCACCAGUAUAUCUGAAUCAACUUCUGCUGGAGGCACUUCUGCAACAACUGUUCCUGACAUCACUACACCUCAGACCACCACUACAGAUGCAAGCUCACCUUCUACAACUAUUAGUGACACCACCAUAUCUUUGUCAACUCCUACAGAAGGAGACACUCCUGAUACAACUAUUUCUGCUACCGCCACACCUAUAACCAUCCCUACUAAAACCAGCACCCCUUCUGCAACUAUCAGUGACACCCCCACAUCUGCUCCAACCUCCAAUGAAACCAGUACACCUGCCAAAUCUACUGCUGCCACCACUACUUCUGUGGCCGCUCCAUCAGAAUCCAGCACCUUUUCAACAAUUGAUUCUUAUACCACCUCAUCUGUGUCUUUGUCUGUUUACUCCAGCCCACCUGCAACAAGUUCUGCCACUUCCAUGUUAGUGAUCCCUGAGCUUGUCACCACCACGGCUCCAACAAGCAUGACAAAACCUAGCACACUGAGUACUAUUUCCACCACAUUAUCCAUCACUACUGUCCUCACUACCUCUUCCACCACUACACAGAGUACCAUCCCCUCCACAACUUCUGAUUCUCCAACAACCACAGCAGGAAAUCUGCACCAGGAUGCUGAAAACAUCUGCAAGAAUGGAGGCUUCUGGGAUGGGAUCAAGUGCCAGUGCCCCUCCGUCUACUAUGGGGUCCGUUGUGAGCUGCUGGUUGACAACAUCGAGAUUGAACCUCCACCGGAGAUAGUCACUGCCCAGGUGGAACUAUCUGUGACAGUAACCAGUGAGGAUUUCACUGAAGAUCUAAACAACAGGUCUUCCCCAGAUUUCCAGAAAUUCAACAACACAUUUACAAAACAGAUGAACCUUGUUUAUUCUGGAAUCUCUGAGUAUGAAGGUGUCAACAUCACAAGGCUAACGCGUGGCAGUGUGGUGGUGGAGCAUGAAGUCCUCCUGAGGAGCAAGUUCACCCCAGAAUACAAGGAAGUAUUCAAGAAGGCCACCAAAGAGGUGAAGGAAAAAAUCACGAAUGUAACCAACAAGCAAAUAAGCAUUGAUAAUAACUGCUCAGCCUUACUGUGUUUCAAGGAAAAUACCACCAAGGUGGGAGAGACUGAAUAUACCUACGACCCUGAAGCUGAGUGCCAGGAGAAGGCCAGGGAAGCUGGGGAAGGUCUUGCCCAAUACUUCUUCCUGGAAUACCAGGAUGAGAAGCCAAAGUGCAUCACUGCCUGCAUGGUUGGCUUCAAUACCUCGAUGGACUGCCACAACGGGAAGUGCCAGCUGGAGCGCAGUGGUCCUCGGUGCUACUGCCUGAACACAGAUACUCACUGGUACCAUGGAGAAGCCUGUGAGUUGAGCACUCAGAAGAGCCUGGUAUAUGGACUGGUGGGGGCAGCAGGAGCAGUGGUGCUGGUUGCCUUUGUUGUCCUUUCAGUGUUCAUGUUCCACUCCAAGAGAGAGGCAAAAAGACAAAAGUCCAAAGUGUCUCAGUUGUACAAGUGGCAUGAAGAGAAUGGUGGACCAGCCCCUGGGACCUUCCAAAACACUGGCUUUGACAUCUAUGAAGAACGAGAGGGUUCUAUCAACCUGGACUCCAUUUAUAGUAACUUCCAGCCCUCCCUGAGCCACAUAGACUCUGAAACAAAGAUCCGAAUUCAGAGGCCCCAGGUGAUGCUGACAUCUCUUUAA